CGCCAUCGUUCGAACGGGUCGGACAAUUCCCACGUGCCAUAGCCUUAACCCCAACCUGCCAGCCGUUAAAGAACCAAAACUCAAAUACGAACCGAAACUGCCUUUCACACAAGUACCUAAAACCUAAACUAAAAAAAAUAGCUGCCAAAAGUAACCGAAUACCAAAUACCGUAUAAUAUCUGAAGAUAAAUAAUAGAACCAAAACGAAGAAAAUAAUAAUACAAAAUAUAUCACUGAGACGCGUUAAAUUUGUAAACAAACGAUGACGGGAUCACCGGGAUCCCGGUGGAGUCCAACGGGGUCGCUGCUCCUGCGGCUCCUUGCCGUGGCCUUCGUCCUCAACGCCUGCCACGUGCCGCUGACCAAUGCCAAGCAAAUAAACAACUUUAACGAUGACCUGGACUUUAUACCCGCCUACGAUCUGUUCCUGCAGGGAAACAAUGAGGAUAAUGAACUGAAGGCCAUUGGCAAUGCUGCCGACGAGGAUAAUGAUGAUGAUGACUCCUUCCUCGAUGAUUUGCCCGAUGAUGAUUUGAUGCCUUUGGCCGAGGCGGAGGACACCGGCAAUUGGUUCAGCAAAGGUGUCCAUCGCGUUCGCCGUUCCCUGUCGCGACUAUUUGGUGGUGGCGCCUCCGAGGAUGAGGAUAAUCGCAGCCAUCAUCGCGUCCGUCGCACAUCGGCCAAGGACCGGCAAAAGGAGCUGCGCCGGCAGGCCCGCGAGGCCAGAGAGCGCCGACAGGCCGAGCUCCGUCAGCUCCAGAGGCAGCGUCUCCUCCAGCAGCAGCAACAGCAGCGUGCCGCAGCUGGAAAUGUCUUCAAUCGUGCCACAGAUCCACGGAGGCGGGCAUCCGAGGUCUAUGAUGAGACCGAGGCAUCCGGUUCCCCCGAUGAGGAGACCACGCAAUAUCGCACCUACUUUGCUGUGAAUGAGCCCUACGACAAUGAUUUCACGGAUCCCAGCAGCGUUGCCUUCCAAACUCUACAAAAGAAUCUGGAUGAUGCACUGCGUUCCUUCUUCGAGCACACUUAUGCUGAAUAUGACGAUGAUCAGGAUAUUCACAGCACUCUGCUGCAAGUAGAUCCCACCGAUGAUCGCUUCAAGGUGCACGUUCUCCUCAAGCUGCAAAUACCCAACAGGAUUACCGAUUUCCAAAGCAAACUGGAAAAGCAGCUGAACGAUUACAAGCGUAUUGAGAAUCUGGGCGCUUCUACCGAUAAUGUCUUCUACUUCCAGGAAUCGCAAGAUGACGAUGAGGAACCAGUCGUGUUGCGGGAUUACAAUCCCAUCAAUGUCGAGGGCUCUGGCAAUGGCAACGAUGAUAACGAGUGUCGCGGGGAUGCCACAUUCACCUGCCAGAAGAGCGGAAGACGCAUCUGCGAGGAGAUGCGUUGCGAUGGUGUAUCCAAUUGUCCCGAUGGCGAGGACGAGGAUGGAUGCUUUGGUACAGAUGCCACGGUUUGCUCUGAAGAAGAGUUCAAGUGCGAUGAUAAGUGUCUGUCGUGGGAUAAGCGCUGUGAUAAUGUCUUUGAUUGCCAAGAUCAAACAGAUGAGGCUGGCUGUGAGCGUGCCACGGAGGGAACAGAAAAUAACCCAAAUUAUCCAACAUUUGUUAACAGAACGGAAGUUCAGGAAUGCCAACCAAACGAGUUCCGUUGCAACAAUGGCCAGUGCAUCGAUUCCAGGAAGCGUUGCGACUAUCAGGAGGACUGCGAGGAUGGCGAGGAUGAGAAUCACGAGUGCCACGACGGUGAUGAAGGUCCAACGGAUGCUGUGGGCAUUCCCUUGGGCGGCUAUCGCCCGCCACGUCCUCAUCCCAGCCGGCACAAGAGCGAUGGCCUGGACGCGGAGGACAUGUACGAAUACCAGGUGGUCUAUCAGCCAAGCAAUGUCUACGAGAAGGCCAAUUCCCACAAUCCCUGUGCGGAAAAUCAAUUCCGCUGCACCACCACCAAUGUGUGCAUACCGCUUCACCUGCGCUGCGAUGGCUCCUAUCACUGCAACGACAUGAGCGAUGAGCGGGGAUGCGAUCAAUACCGUCGUCCAGCGGUCUCCACACGGCGUCCACCGGUCACGGUCACCACCUGGUCACCAUGGCAUGCACCUGGCCAGUUGGAGCAGAGAACCAGCACCACCAGGACCACAUCAGCCCCAAGAACCACAACGACCACCGAUGCACCGCCUCGGCGAGAGACCCCACCGGCAUGGCCGCCAACGACCACUAACCCAAUAACAACAGUCGGCGUAGCGAGCAACCCAUCAAUGUCCCCCUCAUCGGCGGCGGGGAUUGGGGGCAACUGCCUCGAAAACAUUGAAUUCGCGUGCCACAAUCGCGAUUGCAUUUCGAUUGAGAGCGUCUGCGAUGGCAUCCCCGACUGCGUCGACGCGGAGGACGAGGAUUAUUCGCUCUGCAACUGCAGCGGUGACAAGUACAAAUGCCAACGCGGCGGCGGCUGCAUUCCGAAAGUCCAGGUUUGCGAUGGCAAACCGCAGUGUCGUGACCGAAGCGAUGAGAGCGCCUGCCACCUCCAUGGGCGCUUCAAUAGAACGCGCCUGGGGGUCGAGUGCCUGAGCCAUCAGUACCAAUGCGGCGACGGAAGCUGCAUUUCCGGAUACAAACGCUGCAAUGGCAUCACCGACUGCGACGAUGGCGCCGACGAGAACAACUGCCCGUUUACCUACGACGAUAACUACGACACCGACCCGGAAAACAAUCCGCUGAAUGAAUGUGAAAUCCUUGAGUUUGAAUGUGACUUUGGUCAAUGCCUGCCGCUUGACAAGAAAUGCGAUGGCAACAUGGACUGUGACGAUGAGACGGAUGAGCUCGAUUGUCAGUCCUAUACAGAGCAUUGUCUAGAGAACGAGUUCGAGUGCGAUGACUACUGUCUGCCCCGCGAUCAGCUGUGCAACGGCAUUGCCAACUGCAACGAUGGCAGGGACGAGCGCAACUGUACCUUUUGCCGGGACGAUGCCUAUCUUUGCAACACUGGCGAAUGCAUUGCCGACACGCAGCGUUGCAACGGUAAAGCCGACUGCGCCGAUGGCAGCGACGAACGUCACUGCGAAAGGAAAUUAUGUCUGCCGAAUCAGCUGGCCUGCAAUGGCACUUGCGUUCAUCGGAGACUCAAGUGCGAUGGCAAAAUCGAUUGCCUUGAUGGUUACGACGAGAAAUAUUGCAGUGCCACAGGGACCCGACACUACGACACAACAACCACAAUGAAUGUCCUUGUUCCGCAACCAGUUCCCAUACCAAGACCCAGGCCCUGUCACCUCAAUCAAUGGCGUUGCUCGAGUCUCGAAUGUAUUGAUGUUGAAUUGCGCUGCAAUGGCAUCGAUGAUUGCGCCGACGGAUCCGAUGAGGGUCUAACCUGCUUCGAUGCCACCAAUCGACUCAAACCCAGUGACUGUGCCCCGGAUCAGUUCUUCUGUGAUGAGUCGUGCUACAACCGCUCGGUGCGAUGCAAUGGCCGAGCGGAGUGCGCCGAUGGCUCCGAUGAGGUGUCAUGUCCACCAAUUAACUCGUUGCCGUGUCCGCAGCAUCAGUGCCGCUCCAGUGGCAAAUGCUACUCGGAGAGUGAGCGUUGCGAUCGCCGGCGGCACUGCGAGGAUGGCUCCGAUGAGGUCAACUGCACUAACAUCCUGUGCAAGGAUCACGAAUUCCUCUGCUUCGAUCGACAGUUUUGCAUAAACGAAACGCAGCACUGCGAUGGCUUCUACGACUGCCGGGACUUUUCCGACGAGCAAAAUUGCAUUGGUUGUGCCGACAAUCAGUUCCGCUGCCACAAUGGUGACUGUGUCCAGGGAUCUGCUCGCUGCGAUGGCUACCCCGAGUGCUCCGAUGGCUCUGAUGAGAUCAAUUGUGCCGGCUCUUUGGAGUGCCAACCCAAUCAGUUCCGUUGCGAUAGUGGUCAGUGUGUUAACUCGGCGGUGCGAUGCAAUGGCAUCUCGGAUUGUCGCGAUAGCUCCGAUGAACGUAACUGCGCCUCCGAACACUCUCCCGGAUCCCGUGGAUCAAAUCAGUUGAAUCUCAAAACCUAUCCCGAUAGCCAGAUCAUCAAGGAGAGUCGCGAGGUGAUCUUCCGUUGCCGUGACGAAGGUCCUGCCCGCGCCAAGGUCAAGUGGUCACGUCCCGGUGGACGUCCCCUUCCGCCCGGUUUCACAGAUCGCAAUGGACGCCUGGAGAUACCCAAUAUUCGAGUUGAGGAUGCCGGCACCUAUGUAUGCGAAGCUGUGGGCUAUGCCAGCUACAUUCCCGGACAGCAGGUCACCGUCAAUCUCAAUGUCGAACGCUACAACGAACUGGCUUCCCGUCCAUCAUCAGCCUGUACCGAAUACCAGGCCACCUGUAUGAACAACGAAUGCAUUGACAAAUCUGCCAUUUGUGAUGGCAUUCCCCAUUGCUCGGAUGGUUCCGAUGAGCAAAGCUGCAGCCAGGGUAGAAAGUGUCAACCCAAUCAGUUCAUGUGCUCCAAUUCCAAGUGCAUUGAUCGCACCUGGCGCUGUGAUGGUGAGAAUGAUUGCGGUGACAAUUCCGAUGAGGCCACCUGUGACCCAGAGCCAAGCGGUUCUCCCUGCCGAUACAGUGAAUUCCAGUGCCGCAGUGGUCACUGUAUUCCCAAGAGCUUCCAGUGUGACGAUGUCAGUGAUUGCAGGGAUGGCAGCGAUGAAGUGGGUUGCAUUGCCCCGCUGGCUAUUCGACCACCGCCGCCGGUGAAGAACCUCCUGGAGGGUGAAUCCCUUGACCUGACCUGCGUAGCCACUGGCACUCCCACGCCCACAAUUGUGUGGCGUCUCAACUGGGGUCAUGUUCCGGAGAAAUGUGAAUCUAAGAGCUACGGCGGCACUGGCACUCUCCACUGUCCGGACAUGAGGCGUGUCGAUAGCGGUGCCUAUUCCUGCGAGAUCAUCAACACCAGAGGCACCACCUUUGUCACUCCCGAUACCAUUGUGACGGUGACACAGCAGAGAACCGAUGUCUGCGAGGCUGGAUUCUUCAAUAUGCUGGCCAGGAAGGCGGACGAGUGUGUCAAGUGCUUCUGCUUCGGCGUGGCCAGCUCUUGUGACAGUGCCAAUCUCUUCACCUAUGCCAUCCAACCGCCAAUCCUAUCGCAUCGCGUGGUCAGCGUGGAGCUGAGUCCCCAUCGCCAGAUCGUGAUCAAUGAGGCCGCGCCGGGACAGGAUCUGUUGACCCUGCAUCAUGGCGUCCAGUUCCGGGCAUCGAAUGUGCACUUUGGCGGUCGGGAGACACCCUACCUGGCCCUGCCCACGGAAUAUAUGGGAAAUCAACUGAAAUCCUAUGGCGGUAAUUUGCGCUACGAGGUGAGCUACAUGGGCAAUGGACGACCCAUCAAUGGACCAGAUGUGAUCAUCACAGGCAAUCGCUUCACCCUCACCCAUCGGGCACGCACCCAGCCGGGACAGAACAAUAAGGUGAGCAUUCCUUUCCUGCCGGGUGACUGGCAGAAACCCGAUGGCCGUAGGGCUACGCGUGAGGAGAUUAUGAUGAUUCUGGCCAAUGUGGAUAACAUCCUCAUCCGGCUGGGCUAUCUGGAUAGUACUGCACGCGAGGUGGAUUUGAUUAACAUUGCCCUGGACUCGGCCGGAUCCGCAGACAAGGGUCUGGGCAGUGCCUCACUCGUGGAGAUGUGCUCCUGCCCACCGGGAUAUGUGGGCGACAGCUGCGAGGCCUGUGCCCCCGGCUAUGUCCGCCAGCCUGGAGGCCCCUGGCUGGGACACUGUGUGCCCUUCACCCCCGAACCGUGCCCGGCUGGAACCUAUGGCGACCCGCGACGUGGUGUGCCCUGCAAGGAAUGCCCCUGCCCGCAGAGUGGCAGCAAUAACUUUGCCAGCGGCUGUCAAUUGAAUCCCGAUGGUGAUGUGAUCUGCUCCUGCCACGAGGGCUACACGGGCAGACGCUGCGAGAGCUGUGCCGCUGGCUAUCAGGGUGAUCCCCUUGUGCCUGGCGGUGGAUGCCGCAGGAUUCCCGAUUCCACAUGCAACGUCGAUGGCACUUUGAGCAUCAAUGCCGACGGUAGCUGCCACUGCAAGGACAUGGUAAUUGGUGACAAGUGCGACAGCUGUGCGGCGCAGAGUUUCCAUUUGAACUCCUUCACCUAUACCGGUUGCAUGGAGUGCUUCUGCAGUGGUCUCCAGGUGGAUUGCAGCAGCAGUUCCUGGUAUCGCGACCAAGUGUCCAGCACCUUUGGCUCGUUCCACAACCGAGUGAACCAUGGUUUCGAGCUGGUCAACGACUACACUCGACCCAAUCCCGAGGCUUUGCCUGUGGCCUUCUCGGAGGCGCGCAGCGAGCUGAGCUUCAGCGGAUCGGCUGACAAUGGAGGUGACACUCUGUAUUGGAGCCUGCCAGCAGUGUUCCUGGGCAACAAACUCACCGCCUAUGGUGGCAAGCUGAGCUAUACCCUGAGCUACAGUCCCCUGCCCAGUGGCAUUAUGUCCCGGAACAGUGCCCCCGAUGUGGUCAUCAAGAGUGGCGAGAACCUGAUGCUCAUCCAUUACCGCAAAUCCCAAGUGAGUCCCAGUGCGGCCAAUACCUAUGCGGUGGAGAUCAAGGAGAGCGCCUGGCAGCGCAGCGAUGGCCAGUUUGCCAAUCGGGAGCAUGUCCUGAUGGCUUUAAGCGACAUCAAGGCCAUCUAUAUUAAGGCCACAUACACGACCAGCACCAAGGAGGGAUCACUGCGUCAGGUGACCCUGGACACGGCCACCACCACCAAUGUGGGCACACAGCGUGCCUACGAAGUGGAGCAGUGUCGCUGCCCACCGGGUUAUCUUGGACUCUCUUGCGAGACCUGCGCCCCUGGCUACAAGCGUGAUCAGGACUCUGGCCUCUAUUUGGGUCUUUGUGUGCCCUGUGAAUGCAAUGGACACUCCACCCAGUGUCAUGGCGAGACGGGAGAGUGUGAGAACUGUGCUGACAACACCGAGGGCCCCAAUUGUGAUCGCUGCUCCUCUGGCUAUGUGGGUGAUGCCACGCGUGGCACUCCCUAUGACUGCGAACCGGACAAUGGCUAUCCACCGCCACGUCCGCCAGCAGGUCCGGGCAACCAGACCCUUGGCGAGUGCGAUAGAUGGUGCCAUUCGGAUGGCACCCAGGCCUGCCGCAAUAGCUACUGCCAGUGCAAACCGAAUGUGAUUGGUGAUCAGUGCGAUCAGUGUCGUCCCGGUACUUAUGGUUUAUCUGGACGCAAUCCCGAUGGCUGCAAGGAAUGCUACUGCUCUGGCCUGGCCACACAGUGCAGCUCUGCUGAGUUGUAUCGCCAACUGAUACCGGUGGACUUUAUCCAAACGCCGCCGUUGCUGACGAACGAAAAUGGUGACAUCGAGGGUGAUGUUUCGCAGGAUUUGAGGCACGACCUGGCCACCAAUAUGUACACUUACUCGCAUUUGACUUACCUGCCCAAGUACUGGAGCCUGCGAGGCAGUUUGCUGGGCAACCAGCUGCUUGCCUACGGUGGUCUCUUGCAAUACCGCCUGGUGGUGGAGUCGUAUGGCAACUACCAGCCCGGCUACGAUGUGAUCCUCAGCGGCAAUGGUCUGAAGCUGAUCUGGUCACGAAACGAUGGAGAUUCCGAGGCCGAGAAUUAUAGUGUUCGUCUGCAUGAGGAUGAGAACUGGCAGCGCAAGGAUCGUGACUCUGCCCGUCCCGCCACACGUUCCGACUUCAUGUCUGUCCUGUCCAAUCUGGAGGCCAUCCUGAUCCGAGCCACACCCAAGGUGCCCACGGAGCGUACUUCGAUUCGUGAUAUUAUCCUGGAGACUGCAGUGUCCGUCGCUAUGCCCGGUGCCACGCAUGCCGCCGAUAUCGAGGUGUGCCAAUGUCCGCCCGGCUAUACGGGUAACUCCUGUGAGGUCUGUGCCCCGUUGCAUUAUCGCGAUGCGUCCGGAGUGUGCCGUCAGUGUCCUUGUGAGUCUGCGAACAGCGAAUCCUGCGGCCUGGGCGCCGGUGGAUAUGUACAGUGCAAGUGCAAGCCACGCUGGAAGGGUGACCUCUGUCGGGAGAUUGACAACGGCUCACCACAGAGUCCGAAUGUGACUGGCUUCAGCCAGAUCAUUGUGUCCAUUUCCAAGCCGGAAAUCACCAUAGUGCCCGUGGGUGGAUCCCUAACCCUUACCUGCAACGGCUACAUGCGAAGGAACAAUGACCCUGUCUUUGUGAGCUGGCACAAGGAGAACAGUCGCAUGACCCAGGAGUCGGAGGUUCGUGGCGGUACACUGUAUCUGUAUAACCUGAAGAUUGAUGAUUCUGGCACCUACACUUGCCGUGCCAUUAGCAAUGAAACAUCUGAAUUGUUUGAGGAUCGUAUCUCCAUCACCAUUACCCCUGAGAGCCAACGCAGACCCGCCCAGAUUGUCAAUUUGCCCAACCAUGUGACCUUCGAGGAGUAUCAGCAGAAUGAGAUCGUUUGCGAGGUGGAAGGUAAUCCCACGCCGACUGUCACCUGGACACGCAUCGAUGGCCAAGUGGAUGCCCACUCAAGGACCUAUGGCAAUAGCCUGAUCUUUGAUUCGCCACGGAAAUCCGAUGAAGGUCGCUACCGUUGCCAGGCUGAGAAUAAUCUGAAUCGCGAUGAGAAAUACGUCCAGGUGUAUGUCCAGAGCAGUGCUCCGCCACCGAAUCCGCCGCGUGAUCGUCUGUAUAUCCAACCGGAGGAGCAUAAUGGUGUGGCCGGUGAAUCCUUCCGUCUUACCUGCCAGACAACGAGUGUGGCCAGCCUGAGAUACGAGUGGUCCCAGGAGGGCUAUCCGAUUUCCGCCUCCGGUUCGCGUAACAUCUUCAUCAAUGGCAACACCCUGGAGGUGCGAGAUGCCAGCGAUCGUGACUCUGGUACCUACACCUGUGUGGCCUUUGAUCCACGCACUCGUCGCAAUUUCACCGCCGAUGCUCGUGUUUACAUUGAGCCUAAUCACCAGCCACCGAUUGUCGAUGGUGUCGGUCCCACAAUUGUGCCCUUGGAGGAGCUAAUUGUGGUGGAGCAGGGUCGUGAUCUGAGCGUUACCUGCCAGGCCAGUGGCUCACCGCAUCCGUCUGUGAAAUGGACCAAGGUGCAUGACCAGAUGGCCAACAAUGUCCAUGUCAGCGGCAAUGUCUUGACCAUUUAUGCAGCCCGUCCUGAGAAUCGUGGUCCGUACUCCUGCAUAGCCGAGAGCAGCCAUGGCACCAUUCAGUCUAGCACGAAUAUCGACAUUGAACCUCGGGAGCGGCCGAGCAUUAAGAUAGAGUCCGAUCCCAUCCAGACCUCCUUGGUGGGCGCCCAGGCGUCGCUAUAUUGCACAGCCACUGGCAUACCCGAGCCGAGCGUGGAGUGGGUACGCGUUGAUGGCCAGCCGCUCUCGCCACGCCAUCAGGUAGAAGGUCGUGGUUAUGUUGUGAUUUCUGACAUUGUGAUUGCCGAUGCCGGUGACUACGAGUGCCGGGCCAGGAAUGAGGUUGGAGAGGCCUCUGGCGUUGCCACAAUAAGGGUACUCGAGGCACCACUGGUGGAAAUCCGACCCAGUGAGCACAUUCGCCUCACCGAAGGCGAUGAGCUGGAGCUGGAAUGCAUUGCCAGUGGCUAUCCCAAUCCCCAAGUCGAAUGGUCGUCCACAGGUCAACAAAAUACACGCGGUCUGACCGGAGGUCUGGGCGGCAGCAAUACUGCUGAGAUUCAUAUAUAUCGCGUCACCCAGGCCCAUGCCGGAAUCUACACUUGCACAGGCACCAACGAGGUGGCCACCGAUCAGCGCAGCGUUCGCGUCGAGGUCCAUCCCAAGCGUGGUGAUGUUGGCAUACAUGAUGACGACGAUGGCAACAAUCAGGGACCGGAGCCAGGAUCUGGUCCUGGACAGCUUCAGCCACGCAUGGAUCAACUGCAGACGAAUAUCGGCGACAAUGUGACACUGACCUGCGGUCUUCCGGCGCAACUAAAUCCACGCUGGGAGCGUGUCGAUGGCGCUCCUCUGCCCAGCAAUGCCCACAUUACCCGCAAUAGUCUAGUGAUAGUGUUCGUCCAGGAGGAGAAUCUGGGACAGUAUCGCUGCAGUGCUGUGAAUCCCGCUGGCCAUGUGGUUUCCUUUGUGGUGCGAGAAUUGGUUCAACUACCACUGCCCCAGAUUACCUUCUAUCCGAAGAUACCGUUGAGGGUCGAGGCCGGACGCAAUGUGGACAUUUAUUGUCAGGUGACCAAUGCCCGUCCCGAGGAUGUUUACUGGAGCACCGAUAAUGGUCGCCCACUGCCCAGCUCCGUUCGCAUCGAGGGUAAUGUCCUGCGCUUCGAGGCCAUCACUCCAGCUGAUGCCGGUGGCUAUCGAUGCACUGCCUCCAAUGCCUAUGGCAAUCGCACUGCAACCCACCAGGUCCAGGUCAAGCCCCCCUAUUACCAACCCCUGCCCCAGUCGCAGGUGCAAGAGGCCCGUGAGGGCGAUAGCAUUCAGCUCCGCUGCACGGCCACCUCGCAGUAUGGCGUCGAAGUGAAUACCCAGUUCCGUUGGCAUCGCGAGGAUGGCAGUGAGUUGCCCCAUAAUGCUCGCCCGGACAGCCAAGUGCUGAUCCUUACCCAACUUCGGCCAGAGGAUGAGGGUCGCUAUAUCUGCGAACAGUACGAUGUGGCCAGAGGACGAAGCCUGCCGCCGAGCUCCGUUGAUUUGAAAGUUAUAACGGUCGGCCCCGUGCCUCCACCGAUGCCCCACUAUCCCGAAUACCAGCCACCGGCUCGUCCGGAGCCGCAAGAGGAGCGUCCGCGGGACUAUAGCCUGAAGCUGGACCAGCAAUCGUCGAAUCUGCGCGUUGGUGAGUCCACCGAAGUGGAGUGCUACUCCUCCGAUGAUACCUACACGGAUGUGAUCUGGGAACGGGCGGAUGGAGAACCGCUCAGCAAUAACGUGAGGCAAGCGGGCAACCGUCUGGUGAUCAGUCACGUGGAUCCCUCCGAUGCUGGCAACUAUGUGUGCAAAUGCAGGACCGAUCAGGGAGAUCUCUACACCACCAGCUAUGUCCUGGAGGUCGAGGAUCAGCCCCACGAGCUGAAGAGCUCCAAGAUCGUUCAUGCCAAGGUCGGUGGCAAUGCUCAGCUGCACUGUGGUGCCGAUGAGAGUCGUCAGCCCACAUACCGCUGGUGGCGUCAAUACGGACAACUCCAAGCCGGACGCAGUCUGGCCAAUGAGAAACUAUCCCUGGACAGUGUUCAGGCCAACGAUGCCGGCACAUAUAUCUGCACAGCCGUUUAUGCCGAUGGCGAAACAGUGGACUUCCCCAACAUUCUGGUGGUCACCGGUGCCAUUCCACAGUUCCGUCAGGAGCCACGCAGCUACAUGAGCUUCCCCACGCUGCCCGACUCCUCCUUCAAGUUUAACUUUGAGCUCACCUUCCGCCCGGAGAACGGUGACGGUCUCCUGCUCUUCAAUGGCCAAACGAGGGGUACUGGCGACUACAUUGCCCUCUCCCUGAAGGACCGCUAUGCCGAGUUCCGCUUUGACUUUGGCGGCAAGCCCCUGUUGGUCCGUGCCGAGGAGCCGCUGGCCCUCAAUGAGUGGCAUACGGUGCGUGUGCAUCGUUCCCGACGCGACGGAUAUAUCCAGGUGGACGAACAGCAUCCGGUGGCCUUCCCAACGCUACUCCAAGUGCCACAGCUGGACCUCAUCGAAGACCUGUAUAUCGGUGGCGUGCCCAACUGGGAGCUACUUCCGGAGGAGGCAGUAUCCCAGCAAACCGGCUUCAUCGGUUGCAUCAGCCGCCUGACCCUCCAAGGACGCACCGUGGAACUGAUGCGCGAGGCGAAGUUCAAGGAGGGCGUCUCCGAUUGCCGGCCGUGUGCAGACCGCCCAUGCGCCAACGAUGGCGUCUGCCUUGAGAGCCAGACGGAGCAGGCCUACACCUGUGUCUGCCAGCCGGGCUGGACGGGCCGUGACUGCUCCGCCCGCGGUGCCCAGUGCACGCCAGGCGUUUGCGGUGCCGGACGCUGCGAGAACACCGAGCAGGACAUGGAGUGCCUCUGUCCGCUGAACCGGACCGGAGACCGCUGUCAGUACAUCGAGCACCUGAGCGAGCACAGUCUCAACUUUAAAAACAACAGCUAUGCGGCCUACAACACACCGCGAGUGACGCGGAUCAACAUCACGCUAUCGGUGCGUCCCUCCAGCCUCAGCGACUCUGUGCUCCUGUAUGCGGCCGAAUCGAGCCUGCCCAGCGGUGAUUACCUGGCGCUGGUGCUCCGCGGCGGUCAUGUGGAGCUGUUGAUCAACACGGCCGCCCGCCUGGAGCCGGUGGUGGUGCGUUCGGUGGAACCAUUGCCCCUGCAUCGCUGGACCCGCAUCGAGUUGCUGCGACGCCAAGGUGAGAGCAUCCUGCGCGUGGGUGAUGCUCCAGACCGCAAGGCCAAGGCCCCAGGCUCGGGACGUAUCCUAUCUCUGAAGACGCCGCUCUAUGUCGGCGGCUAUGAUCGGUCGACGGUGAAGAUCAACCGGGAUGUGAACAUAACCAAGGGCUUUGAUGGCUGCAUUUCACGACUCUACGACUCGCAGCGUUCCAUCCAACUGCUGGCGGACAUCAAGGAUGCAGCGAAUAUCCAGAAUUGCGGUGAACUCAACGAAAUUGGUGGCGCCAAUGGGGACAGUGACAGUGAUAGCGAUAGCGAGCCAAUUCCACCGCCAUCACCGGAGAUCUCGGACAAUCGGGACGGAGAUGAACUGCAGCCAUAUGCAAUGGCUCCCUGUGCCAGUGAUCCCUGCGAGAAUGGCGGCACCUGCCGCGAGGAGGAGCAGCAAGCCAUCUGCUCCUGUCCCCUGGGCUUCAGCGGCAAGCACUGCCAGGAGCACAUCCAAGUGGGCUUUAAUGCCUCAUUCCGAGGCGAUGGCUAUGUAGAGAUCAAUCGCACUCAGUUCGAUCCCGCCGUGGAGCAGGAGUACAGCUCUGUGGCCAUUGUCUUCACCACCACCAAAUCUGAUGGCCUGCUGGUCUGGUGGGGCCAAAAGGCUGGCGAGGAGUACACCGGUCAGGAUUAUCUGGCCGUGGGCAUUGUCGAUGGCUAUGUGGAGUACUCCCUGAGGCUGGAUGGCGAGGAGGCGGUUAUCCGCAAUAGCGAUACCCGUGUUAAUGACGGAGGUCGGCAUAUUGUGAUUGCCAAGCGGGUGGAUAACACCGCUAUGCUGGAAGUGGAUCGCAUCCUGCACUCGGGCGAGACACGACCCACCGGCGUGAAGAAGAUGAAGCUGCCGGGCAAUGUGUUCAUCGGUGGCAUUCCGGACAUUGCUCGGUUCACGGGCAACCGCUACACGCAAAACUUCAACGGCUGCAUUGUGGUCGUCGAGGGCGAGACCGUGGGCCAGAUCAAUCUGAGUCCUGCCGCCGUCAACGGAGCCAAUGUCAACGUCUGUCCCGCUCACGAAGAGCUCCUGGGAGGAACCGAACCGCCAGUCGUCUGAGGACACAACCAGCAACCGAAAUUAGCUUUUUAAUUAAAUAACAUUAACAAAAACAAAAAAACAAAAAGAAAACCAUUUUUAUAUAUACACAACAUACGAGAAUAAGCCCAAGCAAAACAAACCAACUAAAAAAAAUAUUAAAUAUUAUAUGGCGUAAAGAUAUGAAAACCAAAAAAAAAGAAAAAGAAACGAUCACUUCUACAACUAAAUUGAAUGCUUCUUCGAUCCUUAAGUCUAAGUUAAAGAUUGUUAGCAAGGAACAAGCGAAUAUCACAAAAACAAAAUACACACGCACACCUUUUUUUUUUAAUAUAAAUCAACCUGCGAGAAGUGAAACGAAACAGAAACAAUAAUGCAAUUUAAUGCAAAUUACGCAGAUAAUGCUGAAUAAUACAAAUACAUAAUGCAGAUAAAGCCUAGGAUUAAAGAACUAACUAACUAACUCGAACAACAACAACAAAAACGCAUACUAGCCAACUUGCAAACCACAACAACAAACAGCAGCAAAACACACCACCAAAAGCAGUAAAUGCUCAAUAGUUGAAGGCAUUUGAUAUAUUUUAUAUUUUUAGUUUCCUAGCUUGUAACUACAACUACGACUCUAUUGUUCUUUAUUAUUUGUUUUGUGGAAGACAUCCCCCAGUGUAAAAUCGGAACGCACACACUCACGUUAUUAAUUAAAUUAAAUACCAAUUGAUACCGUUUAAUGAUAAACAACAACAACAAAAAAAAAACCUACCAACUAUGAAUGCAACUAUUGUGAAC